AUGGCACCCAUCACGACUGUCUCAGAGCACGAUGUCACCAUCACAUCGUUCAAAGUCACAGACCUUCGCUUUCCCACGAGUCUAGAUGGUGUUGGCUCCGAUGCCAUGCACGUUGGGACCAAUGGAUCGCAUCCAUUCAUUCAGAUCUUCACAAACCGCGAUGACCUGAUCGGCGAGGGCAUCGCAUUCAGCAACGGCAGAGGAAGUGAGCUGGUCUGCAUGGCACUGGAGAUUUUUGCCAAGAGAGUCGUGGGAAAGACCAUGCACGAACUCACAAGAGACAUGGGCAAGACAUGGCGGUACAUGGUCUCUGAUUCCCAGUACCGAUGGAUCGGCCCUGAGAAGAGCGUCACACAUCUAGCCGUGGCCGGUGUGCUGAAUGCCGUGUGGGAUCUCUGGGGCAAGAUCCUGGGCAAGCCUGUGUGGAAGAUUGUCUGCGACAUGAUGCCCGAGGAGAUUGUACGAUGCAUUGACUUCCGAUACAUCACAGAUGUGAUCACGCCAGAAGAGAGUAUCAAGCUGCUCAAUAAGACGCAGGCAGGGAAAGAGGAGCGCCUGCAAGAGGCGAUGCAGAAUGUUGCCGUCCCGGCGUACACAACAUCUCCAGGAUGGCUCGCCUUCUCUGGCGACCGGAUGAAGGAGGUGCUUGAGGAGACGAUAGCCGCAGGAUACACAGUUUUCAAGUUCAAAGUGGGAACAAGCAUCGAAGCUGAUCGCGCCCGACUCUCGGCAGUUCGAGAGGUGCUCGGUUAUGAUAAAGGGCAUCAAAUCAUGAUUGAUGCCAACCAGGUAUGGAGUGUGCCUGAAGCCAUCGAGUACAUGAAGCACCUGGUAGAGUUCAAGCCAGUCUUCAUCGAGGAACCAACUAAUCCCGAUGAUGUCUUGGGCCAUGCGGCCAUCCGAAAAGCACUCAAGCCGUACGGGGUGGGAGUUGCUACUGGCGAGGCUGCUCAGAACAGAGUAACAUUCAAGCAGUUGCUUCAAGCUGAAGCCACGGAUGUAUGCCAGAUUGAUGCUGUCCGUCUGGGAAGUGUCAACGAGUGUCUAGCAGUCAUGAUUAUGGCUUUGAAAUUCGACGUCCCUUGCGUCCCUCAUAAUGGAGCUAUGGGUCUGACAGAGCUGACCUCGCAUCUCAGUACCAUUGACUACAUCGCCAUCAGCGGCCGCAAGUCAAUGCUGGAGAAUGCCGACAGCCACAGAGAGAAUCUCAAGCAUCCGUCAAAGAUCGAGAACGCACACUACGUGACACCACUGGCACCCGGCUACUCAACGGGAUACACUGAUGAGGCUCUGGAAAAGUAUACUUAUCCCAACGGUUCUUUCUGGAGUAGCGACAUUGGACUGGAGAUCAUUGCCCAGCCUACUGGAGGAGUUCUAUGA